AUGUCGACCAAACCUGACCGUCCCAAAGCAAUAAUAGCGUGCAACAGCUGCCGUCAACGGAAACUACGCUGUGAUGGGUCUACGCCAUCUUGUAGCAAUUGCUCGCUGCAUGAAACAGAAUGCGUAUAUGCUGAUGCCCGCAAACGGUCCGGCCCACAACAGGGUUGG